CAGGCACGGCGUUACUCAGACUCAGUGGUGACGCGUGUCGGUGUGGUGAGGGAGUGUCGUGUGUGGUGUGCGUGACGAUGCAGGGCGGGAUGUGUGCACCCGCCGGAAACUAAAGGCUGCCGUCGCAAUAGAAGUGAACCUUUCUCCUGCAGUGAUUACAGCAUUCUGCUGAUUUGUUCUACUUGCCAACAUAAUUCAGAAAAUCUUCGAUGAAAACUAAAAAGAAAUCAAAGAAAUUUUGAAAAUGGUUGUUUUUAAACUGAAAUAUAAAUUGGACGCAUUUGUGUUGUAGUGAGUGGCUCCCGCACCACGAAGAUCUGUCAUGUAGGGUAGUGGCGGGGCGCUGCUGAGUAGUGAUCGGGUACCCGCGCCACACAGGAACGUAGUGUAGGGUAGAGAUGGGGUGCGGCGCCUCCCGAGUGGUUCAGGCCAUCGAAGAGGAUCCUGAGAAGUCCCCUGCACCCCCUGACCAGCAGAAGCAGCAGCAGCCCGAGGAGCUGACCAGCGUAAGAUCCAACACUCCUGACCAGCCGGACCAGGCCUCCAGGCCGGUCGACCCACCGUCCUCUGGUCCAGUCAUUCAGUCAAAUGGUACAGAGUCCUCCACACCCACCCUUGAGGACAACCUCCCACAGUCACCCCUGGAACGGAAGGCUCCCAACUCAGGAGGUACCCGCGCUGUGGCCUUUGAAGUAGGGCCACCUGAUGCCUCCGACUCUCUGAUCCGCCGUCAUCCACCACGCAAAUUCCAGAGGCUCGAGGACCAGCAGCAGGCCAACACUAUCACCCAGGAGCAGCUGGAGGAGAAGCAAGCCACUGCUGAACGCCGUCGCCAAGAGAUCCUGACUCAGCGGGUUCAGAGCGCCAAGCAUCGCAGCGCCAUGCGCAUGCGCCCUGACAAUGAUGACGGCGACGAAGUGGAAAAGUUCAUGAUGACAGAGGAGCUGGACUGGAUGAGUCUGGUCAACACAUCGCUUCUGCCGCCAAUCAAGCAUAGCACCGCACCGCAAUCCCACCACCAGAAUCUCUCCUAUGUGUCCUCCACGUGAUGACGGUGUCAUUGAGACUGCUGCCAGCAUCACGUCUGAGAAUGAGCUGUGAGGGAAAAGAGACACUGCUUGUAGCCGCCGCCACGUGAUGCGCCGCCUCCACACUACCAGCUGCUGUACUAUCUGUGUUAAGAUGAGACAAAUUUUGAUAAUAGCUACUUGCUGUAUUUGUUCCUACUUGAUGUAAACUGAAAAUUUGAGAGGUAAUAACAAAUAUUGUAGCGUUGUUAUUUAUAGAAUUGCGCAGCUAUUGUCAAUCACUUUAAAACUGUUUUUAUCCAAUGUACCCAUGUGCCUAUAUCAUUAUAAAAUGUCUAUUAAUUUCAAUAAGAGAUGAAUUAAUGGAAUAUGCUGUGCACAAUAUAACAAUCAGGAUUUGGAUCUUUAGGUAAGGCUGAUAAUCAAUUGCAGACAUAAUGUUUCAAUGAUUUUCUUUAUGACAAGCACAAUCUGCUGUUAUUGUUUCUGUGGGUAUUAUGUAGCUGAUUACUGAAGAUCAUAAACUUAUGUUGACUAUAAAUAAAUAAAUAAAUAAAUAAAUAAAUAAAUAAAUAAAUAUAUAUAUAUAUAUAUAUAUAUAUAUAUAUAUAUAUAUAUAUAUAUAUAUAUAUAUAUAUAUAUAUAUAUAUAUAUAUAUAUAUAUAUGGCUUAAUUUGCUGUGAUUUUAGGAUGGAAAUAUUAAGGUUACUCUGAGAAAGUGAAAUGCAAUAAAGUAUUCAAUGAAUUGAUAUAUAUAUAUAUAUAUAUAUAUAUAUAUAUAUAUAUAUAUAUAUAUAUAUAUAUAUAUAUAUAUAUAUAUAUAUAUAUAUAUAUAUAUAUAUAUAUAUAUAUAUACAAAUUCAUAUAGCUUAAUUUCGUGUAAUCUUAGGAUAGGAAUAUCAUAUCCAGGUUACUUUGAGAAAGUGAAAUGCAACAAAGUUGAGUUGGGAAAUGCAUAAGCUUACAGAAUCAUUAGUUUAAAAAAUUACUUCAUGUAUAUUAUUGUUUGUUUUUGCUUAAUUUUUGCCUACUGUCAAUUGCAAUUGAUGUUUAAUACAUACAAGCCUCUGUUGCUAAAUAAAAUUAUGAAUGGUUAAACAGAAUAAGAA